UUUUAAAAAAGAACAUCUAUUAUCCGGCGCAACCCAAUCUAAGCAAAGCCUUCACAUUGUUUAUCUCCCCUGAAUCACCCUCACGGCAAUAUGGCAAUAAUUAUCCCCGAGGUCCCUGGAGUCGAAGUGACUAUUCACAUGAAUGGUCGAGCUGCCGUAGAGUAUGACGAUCCUAAGGCUCCAGAGAAAGAACAGGAAAACAAGAAAGCCGCCGUCUGCACCAAGUUCAUCGAAUGCGAAGACGAUUCCCCAUUCAGAAUUCAUCUUAAGGUCACGGAUGAGUAUCCUUGGGGCUACGAGGACCAUUGCCUACGAUUCAUUACUAUUAUUGAUGGGACAACCGGCCUGAGCAAGCAUUGUUAUGAGAGUGACACUUUCUUUAGUGAUUGGAAGUUCAGUAUCGGCCACUUAUUUCGUACGGACGACAAGGACCAACUUGUGAAGCAAGGGUUCAAAUUCACGGGCAUCACACAGGUUGAAGAUGCAGAUAGAGACAAGAUUGUCGACGACCUGGACAGAGUGGCUGCUGGAAUGGGCACCAUUAAGGUCAAAGUCUAUAGAGCUAUCGGGAUCAAAUCCAACAACGGAUUGCCGAAGCGAUAUGCUCCUCCAGUAGGAUUUACGCUUGCUGAAGAGACAUUGAAGGGUAAAACAGUCUCUCACGGUACUGGAUUCUCAACUCCAAAAAAGGUGGUCGGACCACUCCAUCGUACUCAAAGCAAGCCCUUGCCCAAAGAUAAUGGACCUAUCGCCGUUUUCCAGUUCAUGUAUCGUUCUAAAGAGGCUCUAGCGCAGGAAGGAGUCAUCCCUCCACCUCAACCAAAUCCUGAUUCACAAUGUUUAUCAGAACAGAAGAUCAAGAAGGAAGAGACUGAAGGUACAAAAUCUGCACCCCUGGCUGGACUCAAGCAGGAGAGCAGUGCGGCUCUAGCAGCAGAACGACUACAGCAACCCAAGUCUAGCCACACAAUUUUCGCCCAUAAGCGUAAGCGUGAAGAGUAUGAGGACGUCAAGCAAGAGCGCAAGACAGUUAAGCGUGGAUGAAGAUGACUCGAUGGCCUAUCCAGCAACGCUGUUUUCGCAGUACAAGACGUCGAUCAUGGCCGAUGGGAAGGAAGUCGUUACUGGAUGAUGAUGACAGUGGUCAAGUCGUAUGAUCAUGGUUAGGCACACUGGAAUAUUCACAAGCUCGAUUUGAAGGGGGAUAUGCUCACAUAUGCUUCAAUGCGGUUUGCUUGGGGGCUGAAAAGGGUCUAAGAAUGUCUGGCAGGCUGGUGGGGAAAGGGUACGAUUUC